CUAUAUUGGUCAUUCAGAACGAUGGAGGAUGAAAUCCAGCGUCCGAUUGUUCGGGACUUACGUCGUCAAUCAUCGAUGGAAACCCCGUUGGAAGCUUGCAUUCCAUCGGAUUCAGAUUCUGGGGAUGAAGACAAGCAAUCCACGUCCGUAAAUAAGGAUAAGCCUCAGGAGUUGACUCCUGGAAAAAAUACAGCUUCAAAGCCAUCCUCGAUAAACAACCUGCGCAACCAAUAUGAAAAUAUUGGGCUAAUUAAGGUAAUGCCUGCAAAUAAAGCGGAUCCGAAAAUAGCUGUACCCGAGACUGUUGCAACACCAAAUAAAAGCAAGCAAAAACCGACAGUACCAACAAAAAAGAAUGAAGUACCCAAGGUGAAAUCGAAAGAGAAGAAAAUUGCACCACCUCCAAAUCCCAGAAAGGAAUCUCUACAAAAACCAGCAUCAACUGUAGGAGGAGCUAUUAGCGCAUCGCUGAUAGCUGAAUUGAGAGGUCGUUGUGAAGAAUCCGACCAGGUUGAAGAAUCACGAACGAAAUCAAAGCAGCCGUCUGUGAAUCCGGUAGCAACGGUAGAUUUAACUACAACGAUAAAUCAGGAUGUUUCAGAGUCAGCCCGAGUCGAAACUCAAGCAAGCGUCGCGAAAAAAGAAGACGAAGAAUCAUGUUCUUUAGGAAAUAAGACUGACGCAGCUGCGCCUGUUAGUACAAUAAAAGCAUUUCCUGUAAUGGCGUCACCACGACCAAAAUCUCCUCGACCAGUGCCAGUGUCAGCGAAGAAAGAUGAGAAGGAAGAAAGUUUUUGGGAAAAAAUCGGGACCCUUGGUCGGAAGAAGCGGAUCAAGGAAGUUCAAGAGGUGCAAGAGGAGGGUAAACAUGCGAUAGAUUCACCUGGGCUAGCUGCCAACCCAGACAUGCCACCGGAAGAAUACACUCUUGAUGAAAAUGAGGAAAGAUCAAUGACAGAUCCUAGGUCCCUGGAAGAUUCUAAAUUGCAGGAGCUAAUUUACGUACUCAUUGAAUGGAUCAAUGACGAACUUGCUGACCAGAGAAUCAUCGUCAAGGAUAUAGCAGAGGAUUUGUACGAUGGCCAGGUUCUGCAAAAACUGUUAGAGAGAUUAACCGGUGAAAAACUGGACGUACCGGAAGUAACACAAUCUGAGGAGGGUCAGAAGCAAAAGCUGGCUGUAGUAUUGUCAGCCGCAAAUCGAGUACUGAAUCGUUAUCCGCCUUACAAAUGGAGCGUUGAUUCUGUACAUUCCAAAAAUAUUGUAUCGAUUUUACAUCUUCUCGUCGGAUUGGCAAGGCAAUUCCGUGCACCAGUAAGGCUGCCUGAAAGAGUAGCAAUUCAAGUUGUUGUGGUACGAAAGAAAGACGGUCAGCUGAUCCACAGGACAGUGCGGGAAGAAAUCACUUCCACGUACGAGGAUUUGGGAAUGCGGUGCGAACGCGACGCGUUUGAUACCUUAUUUGAUCACGCCCCUGAAAAACUUGCAGUCGUUAAAAAGUCGCUGGUCACGUUUGUCAACAAGCAUUUGAGCAAAGUGCACUUGGAAGUAACGGAAUUGGACACCCAAUUUCACGACGGAGUAUUCCUCACGUUACUUCUGGGUCUCUUGGAGGGAUUCUUUGUGCCAUUGGGCAGUUUUCACCUGACUCCAAAGACGCAUGAUCAGAAAGUGCACAAUGUAUCUUUUGCUUUUGACCUGAUGCAAGAAAUCGGACUCCCUAAGCCCAAAGCUAGACCCGAGGAUAUCGUCAACUUGGAUCUGAAGUCUACCCUUCGUGUUCUGUACAAUCUCUUUACAAAGUAUAAGGGAAUGAAUUAAUGUUUAUUAUUUAUUUAGCAAAUGCUACACUACUCUCCCUAUCCUGAUCUAUUUUUGCAGCAGCUAAUUCAGCCAGUCUUCGUCUAGUCUACAGAAGAGUAGAUAAUACGAAUAUUUAGAUUUGAUACCGGAGCAGGUAGCAUUUUGCUUCUACAAACUCGAAUGUAAAUUAAUAAUGUUAUAUAAUUUGACUAACCAAAGAA